AUGACUGAUUUACCCAUAUCAGAAACAACACUACUUGCUAUAUUUACGUUUGUGUUAGUAUUUAUUCGUGGUGUUAGUUUAUACAUUAACUUCCGUCAAGAUGCUAAUUUACGGCCAAGGACACCGCACGUUACACUGGUGGUGUUGGGUGAUAUUGGCAGGUCACCGAGAAUGCAAUACCAUGCUCUGAAUUUCGCCAGAAAUGAGUGUUGGGUUGAUUUUGUGGGGUUUGAUGGUGCCAAACCAUUGAACUCUAUCAUAGAACAUCCAUCUAUAAAACUUCAUUAUAUACCUCAUCCAUGGAAACUUCCCGCAUAUCUUCCAAAAGCGUUAUAUCUUGUAGUUGCAGCUUUCAAAGUAUAUUUCCAACUGGUUAUCUUAUAUUGGACCCUACUCUUCCGCAUAAAAUCUCCCGAUUUCGUUCUUGUUCAGAAUCCGCCCGCCAUUCCGACGCUAGCGAUUGUGCAAUUUGUCUGUUGGCUCCGACAAACCAAUCUGAUAGUAGAUUGGCAUAACUUUGGAUAUACAAUCUUGGCCAUGCGAUUAGGACAGAAUAGUCGAGUGGUUAAAUUUGCUAAAUGGUAUGAGAAAUUCUGGGGACGGCGAGCUCAUGCGCAUCUGGCUGUGUCUUCUGCAAUGCACAGAGAAUUGCUCUAUAAAUGGGAAGUAGACGGCAUUAUUACUACAUUCUACGACCGGCCACCGGCACAUUUUCGAAGAUUAAAAAUAAAAGAAAUACAUAAGUUUCUAAAACGUAUUAACAUUGAAGAAACUAUAACCAGUCAAUCAAUUAGCUCUUCAUCUUUCCUACCACCAUCCUCACCUAAUACAACUCUUUUGACUACCGAAGUUGUUGAUACUUCUUCCGAGGCACCAUCGUACCGUUAUCGCAUCGACAGGCCAAUCCUGAUAGUAAGUAGCACAAGCUGGACGGCAGAUGAAGACUUUUCGAUAUUAAUUGAUGCUGCAAAGAGAUAUGAUGACGCGGCUGAACAGUCAGCGGGAAAGGAUACUUUUCCCAAGUUGUUGUUUGUAAUUACUGGAAAGGGGCCUCUGCGGGAUAAGUACAUGGAGGAGAUUAGUAGACUGACGUUAAAGAAUGCGCGAAUUGUGAGCCUGUGGCUAGAGGCCGAAGACUACCCACUGUUAUUAGGUUCAGCAGAUCUGGGUGUUUGCUUGCACAAGUCAUCUUCAGGGAUGGAUCUUCCCAUGAAAGUAAUUGACAUGUUUGGAUGUGGACUGCCUGUUUGCGCUGUACACUAUGAAUGCCUCAAUGAAUUAGUCAAGCAUAAAAAGAAUGGAUUAGUCUUUAAAGAUGCUGGACAGCUUACCCAACAGAUAAUAGAUCUAUUUAAAAAUUAUCCGGUAAAUGCAGAUGUACUUGAUAGUAUGCGAGAAGAAAUAGAAAAUUUUAGAAAGGAAAAUUCCGAAAAUCAGUGGGAUCUCGCCUUGCUGCCAAUUUUAGCGGCUGGGGGUGUCAAUAACAACAAUAGUAGCGCUAAUAGCAACUGA